AUGGCACGACUCUCCGUCUUUCUGCAGCGCCAUGCAGAACACACGCCACCCGUCUGCCAAGACAUACCGCACAGCCACUACACCCCGCGCGGCAGCGGCACCCCGCGCCAAGAAAAGGCCCACAUGAGCACGGAUGCCAGGACGACGGAAGAUUCGGCUGCCAACAGCACUGCCACGGCACCCAGCACUGGCGCAGCCACACCCGUCGGCAACGCCGGGUCAUGGAAUGCUGCACCGUUUCAGGGGGCUUUGGUCCGUGCGGCCAAAGCCGCCGAAAACGGUAAACGGAAGGCCACGUGGAAGCUGCUGCCGCCCACUGACACGUCGCCGGCAGCGAAAGUGGUUCGCCGCGCAGCAAAAACAUCCGACGGCUACAAAUUGAUUUGGAGCCCGGGCCGUCCAUGUCUGAUGAAUAUUUGGAUGACGAGUUGAGUCGUUGUACGCAGUUCACCAAUGGCGAAACCACCUAUUGUUCUCGUAAGAUUAUGUAACAG